AUGCACCACUCAAUUAUUACCAUCCCUCAACAUGGAAAUGGGCGUCUAUAUAAGACAUCUAUUUGUAGACAUUAUGAAUACGGAAAUUGUUCUAUUGGCUCCAAAUGCUAGUUUGCUCAUGGUAUUGAUGAGUUAAGAAAUCCAGAUGAUCCAAUCCCAAAUCAUAUACCUACUCUCGAUAGCAAUAUAGUUAUCACAAACUACAAAACCGUGUUAUGUAAAUAUGAUUAAUAAGGGUUUUGUAAAAAUGGUACUGAUUGUCCAUAUGCUCAUGGAUAAAACGACAAAAAAUAGGCUCGAAUAGCUCCAUUGCAUCUUAGAAAAGCUUUGGAUAAUAAAGAAAACAAUGAUGAUAAAGAUGUUGAAUGGUUUUUAUCAGAAUUGAUUACUCGACUCAUUAAUGAUGUAUCGUAUCAAUCUGAUGAGUUAGCUUUGAGCUCUUUCAAAAAAAUUUAAUUAUUAAUCGAGGAAAAAAAUCAUAGAUCUGCAACUGAGGCACUUUGCCUAGUGCUCUCUUCUAAUCAAAGAUCAAAAUAAUAACAGAUGGCAUAUGAAUAAAUUUAUAAUAGCUUGGUUCAAUGA